AUGCAUGAUAUAGAGGUUGACAACCUCAGACUUAAAUGUAUGGUGAUCACUUCCGAGACUGCAUCAUGCUAUGCGGAUUUCAUGAACUACAAGGUUUAUGGAGAAGUUUCUAAUGACAUGGAUCCUUACUGGAAGAAAACGUUAUUCAAGGACAUCAACCACUAUUUCUGGGAUGAGCCAUAUCUGUAUGGGGUACCUAGAGCAGUGAUCAGUGAUGGUAGAACUCACUUUGUCAACAAGGUGUUUGAAAGUAUGCUGAAGAAGUAUGGUGUGAAGCACAAGGGUAUUCUGUCAAGGAUUGUUGGAGUUUCGAAAAAAGACUGGUCUACCAAGUUGGACGAGACUCUCUGGGCGUACCGGACAGCCUUCAAAACGCCAAUAGGAAGAACACCGUUUAAGUUCGUUUAUGGUAAAGCAUGUCACCUCCCUGUGGAGGUUGAGUACAAGGCACUUUGGGCUAUUAAGCUUCUGAAUUUGGAUAUUUACGCAGCUCAGGCUAAGAGGACUCUUGACAUCCAUGAGUUGGAAGAAAUAAGACUUGAUGCUAAUGAGAGUUCUAAGAUUUACAAGGAAAGGACAAAAAAUUUUCAUGACAAGAAGAUUGUUGUCAAGGAGCUCAUGGCUAAGGAUCAAGUUUUGCUUUUCAACUCCAGACUUAAGUUAUUUCAUGGAAAGUUUAAGUCCAGGUGGUCUGGACCUUUUAAAGUCAAAGAAGUUCUGCCAUUCGGAGCUAUCACUCUUCUGAACAAGGAUGGUAGCGAAUUCACUGUUAAUGGUCAGAGAGUCAAUAAAUUUUUAGCUGAUGAAGUCCAACCAGAGAGGUGCAUGCCUCCUAAACCUCACACAAGGAAUAACAAGUCUGGUCCUACUGUGAAUUUGUCAAACAAAGAGUUGGGAAAACUAGAACGUGAGAACAGAAAGGCAGCUAAAUCUCUGAAGAUGCUUGAUGCAGAAGGAGCUAAGACAUCCAUUGAGCAUCAGAGGAGACUGAAUCCGAAUCUGCAAGAUGUUGUCAAGAAGGAGAUCAUGAAGCUGCUGAAUGCUGGGAUCAUCUAUCCAAUAUCUGACAGCAAUUGGGUUAGUCCGGUACAUGUUGUUCCUAAGAAAGGUGGAGUUACAGUGGUGAAGAAUGACAAGAAUGAGCUGAUCCCUACAAGGACAAUUACUGGUCAUAGGAUGUGCAUCGAUUACAGGAAACUGAAUGCUGCAACAAGGAAAGAUCACUUUCCACUUCCUUUCAUUGACCAGAUGUUGGAGAGGUUAGCUAAUCAUCCAUACUACUGCUUUUUGGAUGGUUACUCAGGCUUUUUCCAGAUUCCUAUUCAUCCUGAUGACCAAGAGAAGACAACCUUCACUUGUCCCUAUGGUACCUUCGCUUACCGCAGAAUGCCUUUUGGUCUCUGUAAUGCUCCUGCAACAUUUCAGAGAUGCAUGAUGUCAAUCUUCACUGAUAUGAUUGAGGAUUAUAUGGAGGUUUUCAUGGAUGAUUUCUCAGUUUAUGGGUCUUCAUUCAAAAGCUGUUUGGAUAAUCUCUGUAAGGUGCUAGCAAGGUGUGAAGAGAAGCAUUUGGUACUUAACUGGGAAAAAUGUCAUUUUAUGGUUAGAGAUGGCAUAGUGCUUGGCCACAGGGUUUCAGAAGCUGGAAUAGAAGUUGACCGCGCUAAGAUAGAGGUGAUGACAAGUCUUCAACUACCAGAGAAUGUGAAGGCAGUGAGGAGCUUUCUUGGACAUGCAGGGUUCUAUAGGCGUUUUAUCAAAGAUUUCAGCAAGAUAGCAAGACCACUUUCUGCUUUGUUGUGCAAAGAUGUCAAGUUUGAAUUCACUGAUGAAUGUCGCAUAGCCUUUGAGAGGAUUAAGCAGGAGCUUGUGAGUGCACCUAUUGUUCAGCCACCAGAUUGGGAUCUUCCUUUUGAAGUAAUGUGUGAUGCUAGUGACUUUGCAGUAGGAGCAGUGCUGGGACAAAGAAAAGAUAAGAAACUUCAUGCAAUCUACUAUGCAAGCAGGACACUUGAUGAGGCACAAAGGAAUUAUGCAACAACAGAGAAGGAGUUGUUGGCUGUGGUGUUUGCUUUUGAGAAGUUUAGAUCUUAUCUGGUUGGUUCAAAAGUCAUUGUUCAUACUGAUCAUGCUGCAUUAAGAUACUUGAUGCAGAAGAAGGAUGCUAAGCCUAGACUUUUGAGAUGGAUUCUUCUUCUUCAAGAGUUUGACAUUGAGGUGAGGGAUAAGAAGGGGAUAGAGAAUGGUGUUGCUGAUCACUUGUCCAGGAUUAGGAUUGAUGAUGAUGUUCCAAUUCGUGAUUGUCUUCCUGAAGAACAUGUUUAUUUUGUUGAUACUGGCUCCAAUCAACCCUGGUAUGCUGAUAUUGCCAAUUAUCUUGCUGCAGAGGUAGAACCUGAUCAAUUCACAGGCUAUCAUAAGAAGAGGUUCUUGAGAGAGCUAAGGAGAUAUUAUUGGGAUGAGCCUUAUCUGUAUAAGCAUUGCAGUGAUGGUGUUUACAGAAGAUGUCUAGCUGAGACAGAAACCAGUGGACAAGUUGAAGUUUCCAACAGGCAGAUUAAGGAGAUUCUAGAGAAAACAGUGGGUGUUACAAGAAAAGAUUGGGCUAUGAAGCUUGAUGAUGCACUUUGGGCAUAUAGAACUGCUUAUAAAACACCACUUGGCACUACUCCUUUCCAUCUGCUUUAUGGGAAAGCCUGUCAUCUUCCAGUGGAGUUAGAGCACAAAGCAGCCUGGGCAGUUAAGUUGAUGAAUUUUGAUGCCAAGACAGCUUCAGAGAGAAGGUUAGUGCAGUUGAAUGAGUUAGAUGAGCUGAGAUUUCAUGCAUUUGAGAAUUCCAAGCUGUACAAGGAGAGGACCAAGGCUUAUCAUGAUAAGAAGAUCAUCUCCAGACACUUUGAGCCAAAUGACCAGGUACUCCUUUACAAUUCCCGCUUGAAGCUGUUUCCUGGAAAGCUGCGUUCCCGCUGGUCUGGUCCUUUUACUGUUCAAGAAGUCAGACCAUAUGGAGCUAUUGUGCUGUUGAACUCAAAAGGGGAGAAAUUUACUGUUAAUGGCCAAAGGGUGAAACACUAUUGGGCAAAAGCUGAGAUACCAGACGGACACAUUGUGCGUUUGGAUGAUGCACCCUCUGCCUAA